AUGGCGACUUCGGACCACGAGGAUCCGGUUGCUCCGGCAACGCCUAACACAAAAGAGUGCAAACGUUUGAUCAUUCGUCGCAAUAGCAUUCUCGGCUCUGCGAAGCUCAUCGGAGCGUUUAACGAAAAGUAUAAUCCUGCUACUGAUUAUACUCAAAUUAAAUUUCGUCUUGCAAAGCUUGAUACUCUCUGGACCGAAUUUAAUGAGGUUCAAGCUGAAAUUGAAUUGGAGUAUGGGCUAACUGAAGAGCUUUCGGAUGGGAAAGCGACGUUUGAAGAUAUGUACUAUCGGUUGAAGGGGUCACUGGACAGCAAACUAACCUUGAAUAACACACCUUCCACAUCCGCUGGUCAUAUCCCAUCCCCUGUUGCUCCACCUACCCAGGCACUUGGUGUCCGCCUUCCUGAGCUCAAAAUUCCUGAGUUCAAGGGAGAUUUUGACGAGUGGAUGAAUUUUCAUGAUUUGUUCUACACACUCAUCCACUCGAACCACCAACUUUCCGAGAUUCAAAAAUUCCAGUAUUUGAAGGCAGUACUGAAGGGAGAUGCGCUACGUCUCGUGCAGUCUCUGGCGGUGACAGCUACCAACUAUGAUAUUGCGUGGGACCUCUUAAAGAAAAGGUUCGACAACAAGAACUUUUUAAUCAAACAGCAUUUCUCCGCUCUACUGUCCAUGGCUCCAGUAAAAAAGGAAUCUUCGUCGGCACUUUCGGACCUCGCAGAUGUCUUCGAGAAGCACAUUGGUGUGCUUGACAAAUUGGAAGGACCGGAUGAUCAUUGGAAUUCAUUUUUGGUCGAAUUUCUCAGUAGCAAGCUCGAUUCCGCAUCACAAAAGGAAUGGGAAAAUCAAUUACCCGACAAUCAGCGACCAACAUACAAGGAUUUGGUUGCGUUCAUCCACAGGCGUUCCCGUGUUCUCCAAUCUUUGACGCUCUCCCAAUCUUCGCACACCACCAGCAAACCAGAACCACGAUCCCCUCGAGUUCAUGUGUCAUCUCACUCGGCUCUCACCACUGAGAGCUCCAAAGCUUGCAUUGCGUGCCACAAAGGUUCUCACUUUCUCUCGUCGUGUGACGAGUUUCUGAAGCUUUCACCGAAGCAGCGUUUCAAUGUGGCCAAAAAGUACGGGUUGUGCUUGAAUUGCCUGCGGUCCUCGCAUUUGGUCAAGGACUGUCCAUCUGGGAGCUGUAGAACGUGCAACAAGCGCCAUCACACUUUGUUGCAUAUCAAUGCUUCCACCACGUUGGCUGUUCUGGUUGACAGUCAGUCAAAUCCACCCCCGCAACCCCAACAUGCUUCACAAUCGGCCCCGGUCGUCGGGUCGUCUUCGUCGGUUCGAGCGUGCACUGCCGAUCAGUCGCGCGUAGUCUCUCGGGAAAUGAGACCCGGUUCGUCGCCGCCGGGAGGCCAAACCAAGUCGUUCGCUUCUCCGCCGUCGGUUACAUCGUCAGGCUCCGCUCAUGGGUCUUCGCCGGUGACGAGCUGCUCAGCUGUCACUCCCUCGUCCACAUUCGCUAAACGGAUGAACUCUACGAUCUUCAUGCUCACAGCCUACGUGAGGGUUCGUGAUAUUGAUGGAAACUACUCUUUAGCUCGCGCUCUUUUGGAUUCAGCAUCCGAGCGAAACUUUGUGACCGAAGAUCUCGCUCAACGAUUGCGUCUCAAACGAGAGAAAUCAGACGUCGAUGUGUACGGAAUUGGCAACAGCGUACAGCAUGUCUCUCAAUCGGUUUCGGUCAACCUGUCUUCUCGAGUAGGUUCCUUUAGCGCUAGCAUCGACUUCCUAGUGCUUCCCAGCUUGACCCGAAUCUUGCCCUCCACAAACGUGGACAUUUCAAACUGGGUAAUACCUCAAAACCUCCCAUUAGCAGAUCCCAAAUUUAAUGUCCCCCACGGCAUCGACAUGAUUAUUGGCGUACAAUGGUUCUUCACACUAUUGGAAGAUGAUCAAAUCUCUUUGGGUCCCCAGCUCCCUAUAUUACGCAAAACAGUAUUUGGAUACGCUGUAGCUGGUGAUCAUGCGACCACCGAGCCAAUCAAAACGGUCGUGUGUAAUGCAGCACUCACGAUUGACAAACUGACAGCCGCAGUGCAAAGAUUCUGGGAGGUAGAAAGUUUUGAGGAAGGGAAAGCAUUGUCGCUGGAGGAACAGUAUUGCGAAGACCAUUUUCGAAACACCCACUCAAGAGCCCCUGACGGUCGGUACGUUGUUCGAUUGCCGAUUCGCGAAGAAAUGUUGUCGGAACUCGGAGAGUCGUUACCAGUCGCUCAUCGAAGGUUCCAAGCAAUGGAGAGAAAAUUUCUCACCAACACAAGGCUACAUAGUGACUACAGUCAGUUCAUGGAAGAGUAUGAGUCGCUCGGACACAUGGAAGUGGUCGAACCCGAUCUGUCCACUCCACACUUCUUCCUCCCGCACCAUGCGAUCAUUCGACCGGACAGCACGACGACCAAAACUCGUGUCGUUUUUGAUGGGUCGUGUCGGUCUGCAAACAAUCUCUCGCUCAACGAUAUUUGCUACGUAGGUCCAACGGUCCAACCACCCCUUCUCGCAACGAGUAUGAAUUUUCGCAUGACCAAGUACGUCAUCACCGCCGAUGCCGAAAAAAUGUACAGGCAGAUCUGGGUACACGACUCCGAUCGUGCUCUGCAGCAAAUUGUGUGGAGAAAGUAUCAGAGCCAAGAGCUGAGAGCCUACCAACUCAACACUGUGACCUACGGUACAGCAUGUGCACCGUUUCUCGCAACUCGCGUUUUGAACCAACUUGCUGAUGAUGAGAAGGAGAAGUUCCCGUUGGCAGCAACACUGGUGAAGCGUUCAUUCUAUGUCGAUGAUUGCUUGGCUGGAGAUGACGACAAGCACCGAAUGAUGGAUAGUUGUGACCAGCUGAUAGGAUUACUCGCAUCUGGUGGCUUCGUUCUAAGGAAAUGGAGCUCCAACGACCCCGACAUUCUCUCUCGUAUCCCCGAAAAUCUCAGGGACAAUCGUGACGACCUAGAAAUUGACAAAUCGUGCUCGGUCAAAACACUAGGUCUGCUCUGGCACCCUCAAAUCGAUUGCUUCGGAUUUAAGGUGCCAACACUCUCGUCGUCAGAACCGGUCACGAAGCGGAUUGCCUUGUCAGAGAUGUCCAGACUAUUCGAUCCCAUGGGCCUUGUGGGAUCAGUGAUUGUAUCCGCGAAAAUCUUUCUGCAGUCACUUUGGUCCAAUUCGUUCACUUGGGACAGCGUGUUGCCGCAGGAGUACCAGGACUGGUGGAAAUCGUUCAGGAAGGAAAUCGAGACUUUGUCCUCCCUAAAAGUUCCAAGAAAAGUUUUGAUUGAUAAUUUCGUCCACGUCGAGUUGCAUUGUUUUGCGGAUGCAUCCGACAAAGCAUACGGAUGUUGCAUUUAUGUGAAAUCUAUCGAUAGAUGUGGAAAAUCGGCUUGCAAUCUCCUCAUCUCGAAGUCCAGAGUAUCCCCCCUAACACGACAAUCAACACCUCGUCUCGAACUGUGUGCAGCUGUGAUGGCAGCACAGUUGGCUGAUAGCGUGAAAAAAUCAAUCGACCUUUCCUGUUCCACCACAUUCUGGUCAGACUCAAGCAUAGUGCUUCAUUGGAUCGCAUCAUCGUCAUCGUCUUGGAAAGUGUACGUCUCCAAUCGCAUCGCUGAAAUUCAUCGGCUCACUCGUGGGAGUGAAUGGCGCCAUGUGCCGUCAGAAGCGAACCCAGCAGAUCGCGUCUCGCGUGGAGUUCCAGCCUCUCUCGUCGUCAACGAUCAGAUUUGGUGGCAUGGGCCACCGUUCUUAGCAGUUGAGAGGAACCGUUGGCCAGAGAAUAUCAUCGAGCUUUCUCCUCUCCACCUUCGUGCCAGAGAGGAAGAAGUUCGGCAAACCGUUUCGUUGGUUACAACCUCGCCGCCCAUGGCAAUUUCGCUCAUCAACAAACAUUCGACGUUGGUUCCACUCACCCACACUUUCGCAUGGAUACGGCGGUUCGUAUCAAACUCUCGCUUGACCGCUCCAAAUCGUGUCGUAGGUCCACUCACCACGAAAGAAGUGGAUGACUCGCUAAGAUGGCUGAUCGGACAAGUUCAGGAAGAAUGUUUCUCUGCUGAAAUACGUUUUCUACAACAGAACCCUGGUCCAGUCAAGAAGAAUUUUAGUUUCAAAUCCCCUUUGAAAAAGUUGAACCCGUUUUUAGAUUCUGAGGGCCUGCUGAGAGUCCAUGGCCGCUUAGAAUUGUUAGAAGCACCUUUCGAUACCCGAUACCCGAUCAUACUUCCCGCAAAACACCAUCUAACCAACUUGAUCGUCACAAAAACCCACAUCGACACCUUGCAUUCGGGACCACAGCAACUUCUGUCUACACUCCAACAGAGGUUCUGGGUCAUCCGAGGAAGAGAUGCUGCAAAACGUGUAGUGAACAAGUGCAUGGUCUGCUUCCAUUGUAGGCCGAAACCAAUCGAACAGCUAAUGGGCCCUUUGCCAGCAGCAAGGGUAACUCCGUCGCGCGCGUUCGUGAAGUCCGGCGUGGACUAUUGCGGUCCGUUUUUCGUUCGGCCACCGAAUCGUCGCGGAAACUCGGUAAAAAUAUUCGUCGCGAUAUUCGUGUGUAUGGCCUCCAAGGCAGUCCAUAUCGAAAUGGUAUAUAGCCUGUCGUCGGAUUCGUUCGUGAGUGCGCUCAAACGAUUCGUCUCUCGUCGCGGUCGCGUGUCCGACGUGUAUUGUGAUAAUGCUCGCACUUUCGUUGGAGCAAAUCGUCAGCUCCAAGAGCACAAGCAGCAGUUCGAUGCUAUCCACCGCUCUACCGGAUUAGCAGAAAGCUGCACCGAAGCAGGGAUCAACUUCCACUUCAACCCAGCGCGUUCUCCCCACUUUGGAGGGUUGUGGGAGGCCGCCGUCAAGAUCUUCAAACAUCAUCUCUAUCGCAUCAUGAAGACUACGCUCCUGACCAUUGAAGAGUUCCAAACUCUCAUAACUCAAAUCGAGGGAAUCAUGAACUCACGGCCUCUCACACCCUUAUCAUCUGAUCCUGCUGAUGUGGUGGCUUUAACACCGGGCCACUUUUUAGUGGGAGAGCCGUUACACUCUCUCCCUGAACCCGAUUUGAGUGACAUUCCCGUUAAUCGCCUCAACUCUUUCCAGCACAUGCAACAGAAGGUACAACAUUUCUGGCGGGUGUGGUCUCGCGACUACAUCGGGCAGCUCCAAAGUCGCCAACGUUGGCCGUUGGUCCAACCCGACAUCCAGGUUGGGACGAUGGUGCUGCUCAAGAAGGAAGCGGCUCCGCCAAUGAAGUGGCCCCUUGGUCGGAUCGAAGCCGUGUUCCCCGGUAAUGACGGCCACGUUCGAGUCGUUCAGGUCCGAACGACUACUGGAUGCUAUCGGCGGGCCAUCACUGAAGUUUGUCCUCUGCCCAUUGAGAGCGGCACCGAGGCGAACGAAGUACCAGACGCUCCAUCUUCACCGAGUGCACCACCUGCCACCACCCCCUACGGAUGA